AUGGCUAAGUGGUUCAGUGAUACGCAGACAACCAAUGGAGAGUCAGAAGAUGAGGGUGCUGGGGACGAGGAGGAGAGGGUUUGUUUGCCUUCCAUGGCCCGCAGCCUUCCUGCCUGGAAACCAAUGACUCCCAAGACAUUGUUUGGUGAGGCUACUAAACCACGCCUCCAAAAACCUUCAAAGCAUGUGAUAGAGGAAGAGGAGCAACUUAUGGAACAGCUUGCUAAUGCAGUGGAAGCACCAUACCCAAUGAUGGAGCCAUCAACAUUGAUUUGGAGGAGGAGUAUCAACCAUAUGGAGUAUCAACCAUAUAUAGUGUUGAAGCUUGUUUGUAUUAGUGACUAUCACAGUAUGUAA